AUGGCGACGCCUUAUAGCAACGGCUACACGCCAUCAUCCGGGCCGAGACGAGGGCCCGGGAACCGCCACUCUGACUUCGACCCCAACGCCUCCGAUGACGACCUCGGCGCCCUCGUCCUCAACGUCCUACGGUUGCUCUGGAACUACAGCGUCCGCCGCAUUUUCGGUGCCGCUGUCAGCAUAGGAAGCGUGCUGCUUACAGGCACGCGCGCCAGCACUCUCUUGCGGGACAGCCGGCGACGGCGACCACGUCCACAACCGCUUGCCAUCAUAGCAGCGGAAACGUUACUCCGGCUGGUGCGGCACAGCUUGGCACCACAGCGCAUCUUCAGUGUGCCGCACUUUCUCGUUGCCUUUUGGGUGCUUGUGCUGCUCUGGGGCGAGCGUGGCAACUUCCAUGCCAAGGUGAUGCAUUGCCAUUGGGACCACUGGGAGAAGUGGCCCGCCGGCGCCGAGCCGCAUCACAUGGUCUUCGUCGCCGAUCCCCAGCUCAUUGACGCCCACACCUACCCGGGCCGCCCAUGGCCUCUGAGCUCACUGACGGUGAUGCUUACGGACAACUACAUGCGACGGUCGUAUCGCGAGCUGCAGGAGCAGCUGCAGCCCGACACCGUCUUCUUUUUGGGCGACCUUUUUGACGGAGGCCGCGAGUGGCGGCCGGCGCACGGCAGCUUCCAAGACCCGUCUUGGAGCAGCCGACCGGACCGCGAGAAGGGCUACGCUAAAAUGUGGCGCAAAAAGUACGACGAGGACUACUGGCUGAAGGAGUAUGCCCGUUUCGGCGACAUAUUCCUGGAUCCGUGGACGCUGGGGGGCACCGACCCGGGUCCGGGCCAGCGCGGCCGUCGCGUGAUCGCCAGCUUACCGGGCAACCACGACCUCGGCUUUGGGUCCGAGGUGCAGCUCUCUGUGCGGAACCGUUUUCAGAGCUACUUUGGCGAGGGCAACCGCGUCGAUGUCAUUGGCAACCACACCUUUGUAUCAGUCGACACCGUCUCGCUCAGUGCCGACACGUCGGACCGCGCAGGCCAGAGCGACGUGCAGUCCAUCUACAAACCGGUUGAGGAGUUCUUGAGCAGCGUCGCUUGGGAGAAGACGCGGGCUGUGUCCCGUGAGCUGCGGUUCCAGCGCGGCACCGGCGAAGAGGUGUCGUACCCGCAUCGCGUCGAGGACCUGAACGCGGCCGAGUUCGACACGGCCGCUCUCGCCAAGGCGCAGGGUGCCGGCGACGCGCUGCAGGCCGACCUGCCGACGGUUUUGCUGACACAUGUGCCGCUCUACCGGCCGCCCGGCACACCGUGCGGCCCGCAUCGCGAGCACUGGCCCGCUACCAAGCCGCCCGCCGACGACCCGAACACGCCUGUGUUCCCGGAUCACCGCAACGCCAUACCGGUGUCGCGUGGGUACCAGUACCAAAAUGUGCUGAGCGAGAGCGACUCGGUCAAACUCAUAAGGUCCAUUGGCAAUGUCAAGCACGCUUUUUCUGGCGACGACCACGACUACUGCGAGGUUGUGCACGACGACGCGCAGGAGAAAGUGAAGGAGAUCACGGUCAAGUCUUUCAGCAUGGCCAUGGGCGUGCCGACGCCCGGCUUUCUCAUGCUUAGUCUGUACAACCCGGUUGAUGCCAAGGGCAACCCGCUGGCUACGGUCGGCGCACCGCCAGGCGAGGUUGCGCCGCCCACGAUGCAGACCCAUCUGUGCCUGCUGCCCAACCAAUUGAGCACUUUUGCGCGCUACGGCGGCAUGGCUGUCGUUUCCAUCGUGCUGCUCGCCAUCUACGCCGUGUUGAUCCAGGUCCUACACCUGCCCGUGUUUGCCUUUGACCCGCUGGCGCAGGAUGCGAAUUCAACCUCGUCCAACAUGCCGUCGUCGGUGUUGCCAAUGUUUAGCAAGGCCAAGGUCGAGGACGACGAGUACGGCCGCAGCCGUGGUGGUGGCGCCGGCGCCGCGGCUGCGGCUGGCGGCAGUGGUUACGGGACCGAUGCCGUGAGCACCAACAGCCAAAAGGGCGCCAGUGACUCAUCCAGUUUCGUCUCGUUCCGCGCCGUGCCGGCCACCUAUUCACGGGGGCGCAGCUACUCGAACCAGUACCCGAACCAGCAACAAGGCCAGCCCGCCAGUCAUGGCCGCCACCAAAAGGGCCGGCGCAACGGCCACGCCGCCAAGACGUCCUCGCCCGCCAACAACUACGAUAUGCGCGGCGGGCCCAAGAUCCAGAUCGCCCGUGACACCGACGACUCCUCGUCCGACGACUCUGCGUACAACAACGACCUGCUGUCUGACGACUACAUGGUCGACGUGAACCUCGGCGGCGGCAGCAGCCGUUGGCAGCCGGCCGCCCGUCGCGGCGUGUUUGGCCUGAGCAUGGCCGCCGUCUCGGGCGUACGACGGUUUGUCGUGGGCACGCUGGGCCUGCGAAGUGGUGGUGGCCUGGGCGGUGGUCGGCGACGGCGCGGCGGUGGGGGUGUCGGUGGCGGUCUGAGCAGUCUCCUGGGACUCGGUGGCGGCGUCCUCGGGCGCAGCGGCAGUGGUGCCAGCAGCGGUUCGGCCGCGGCCGCACGGCGACGCCGCAGUGGCCGCUCAUCCCAGCAGCGACUUUUGCAGCUCGCUGGCUGGGAGUUUUAUGCCAUGGCCUUCCGAGUCGCCUGGAUGGUAGUUGCUUACUGGGCUUGGCUCAACCACAAGGGGUAG